AUGGCACCUAGCCCCAUCCACAAGGAGGACGUCGAGAUCGUUGAUCAGCCUUCUCAUCUUGAAAGCGUUCCAAAGCCAUCCCAUGUUACCGAGAUUGGCACCUUUCGAGUUGUUGGCUUGACUCCUGAUGAUGAGCACUUCUAUUCCAAUUUCCCAGAGGAGAGUCGAAAGAAGGUUUUUCGCAAGGUUGAUAUUCGUUUGGUCCCCAUGCUGGCUGUGCUGUAUUUGAUCAGCCACAUUGAUCGCGCCAAUAUCGGAAAUGCGAAGAUCGAGGGCAUGGUUGAGGAUCUGGGAAUGACAGGCGUUCAGUACAAUACUGUUCUUUCUAUUUUCUUUAUCCCCUAUGUCCUGCUCGAAGUUCCCAGUAACAUCCUUCUCAAAAAGUUCACUCGCCCGUCCAUGUACCUUGGGAUCCUUGUUUCCAGCUGGGGAAUUGUGAUGACAUGUACUGGCUUGGUCCAAAACUUUGCUGGGAUUAUGGCUACACGUGUUCUAUUAGGCAUUUUUGAAGCUGGAUUCUUUCCUGGUGCCAUCUAUCUCUGCUCCUACUGGUAUAUGCCGAAAGACCUAGCCCUUCGCAUUUCAUACUUCUAUUGCGCGAGCGCGCUUUCUGGUGCUUUCUCUGGUCUACUAGCAGCUGCUAUCGCACAAAUGGACGGCGUUGGCGGUCUUGAGGGAUGGCGGUGGAUCUUCAUCCUUGAAGGUCUUGCUAGUGUGGUACUCGGAGUGGCAUGCUUUUUCCUCCUCAUCGAUACCCCCACCCUUUCUGGGGCCUGGUUAUCCCCCGAGGAGAUUCGGUACUUGGAACUCUCCAUGUUCAUCAAGCAAGGAGGAACUAGCCAUGAAGAGGCUAGAUUCAAGAUGCGAGAUCUUAAAAUGGUACUCACCAACUGGAGGGUUUAUGUACAGGCUUACUUCUUGUUUUGCCAAUCUGCGCUUUCCUAUGGUACCAAGUUCACGCUUCCGACGAUCACAAAAUCCAUGGGCUUCAGCGACACCAAUGCCCAGCUCACUUCUGCACCGCCGUAUGUCGCUGCUGCGAUAUCGGCCAUCAUAUUUGCCAAACUUUCCGAUCGUUUCUAUUGGCGAAUGCCCUUCGUAGUAAUCCCAAUGAUUAUCGUCUCAGUUGCUUACGCGAUUUUCAUCUCGCUACAUGGAGCCCUCCAAGAAAAGCGAGGAGUGGCCUACUUUGCAGUCGUUCUUGCGGUGGUAGGCAUUUACCCUAUCCAAGCAGCUGCCGCCUCCUGGAAUGCAAACAACAUUGCGCCUUCAUCGCGACGAGCAAUCGGUAUUGCCCUUAUGAACUGUGUUGGCAAUAUCGGUGGCAUUUUGGGUAGUUUCAUGUACAUGGAGAAGGAGAAUCCCACGUAUUACACUGGGUUUGGCCUGAGUUUGGCUCUUGGUGGAGUUGGACUCUUUGUCGCGCUCUUUCUUGAGUGGAGCUACAAGUCUGGGAAUGCAAAGAAAGCCAAGCUUGUGGAUGAGGCUAGACUCAGAUACACUGAGGAUGAGCUUUUUGACUUGGGUGACAGAUCUCCGCUAUUCAAGUAUGUCUUGUAA